CUCCCUCCUCACCACACUCCUGCUCUGUAUACGGCUGGGGGAAUGGUUACACGAUACACAAAGCAGAUGUUAUUCCAGGCUCUCUCCUCCUCGCCCCAUCCUGGGAUUCCUGCCCGUUGGAAAAUGAAAGUGAAAAUAACAUAGACUCUGGACUCCAUUUUCCACACUGCACCCAGCACUUCCCCCAGAAUGGCGAUGCCUGGCUCUCCCUGCCUGCUGCUGCUGCUGUACCUGACAUGUGGAGCAGCCUUAGAAGUCUCCGCUCCAACCUCAAACAGAGUUCAGCUGAGGUCGAGCGCCAUACUACCCUGUACGUUCACUGUGAAGGACCCUUCAAUAAACUUCAAUUUCCUCGCCAUUAUGUGGUAUUUUCAGGGGAAUCAGAUUGUAAAUUUUGACACAAAAGGAGUGAACCAGGAUUUUAGGAGAUUUAUAAAUAAGCAGGAGAUCAGCAAAGGCAUUGCGGAUUUACACAUCAUAAAUGUAACAAUAUCUGACGCUGGGACGUAUAAGUGCAUCAUCAUCUACAGCCCAAACACCAAGUUUAAGGAAGUAGAAGUUUCAGUUUAUGCUCUUCCAUCCAUCACACAUCUGGAGAAGGUUAGCGGAGAGAAUGAGGAGAACAGAUAUUUGUGCUCCGUGUCCGGAUUUUACCCCAGAAAUAUAACCGUGGAAAUGCUGAUGGAUGGGAAUGUGAUAGAAGGGUCUGUUAUGUCCAAUCCUCACGAGAACACUGAUGGAACUUUCUCCGUUGAUAGCACAGUGAUAAUACAUCCCGGGAAGAAACCAAAAGACUUGUCCUGCAGAGUUCGCCAUGCGUCUCUCACCCCUGACCUACAGCAGAAGUUCCUGUUGGUGUAUAACGAACAGAAUAACAGCAACGUUGGCUUGGUGGUGGGCAUCGUCAUUGCCGCAAUUGUGGUCAUGCUGCUGAUCAUUGCUGCAGUUCUGUACAAGAAGAGGAAAUCCGGUUUGCCAGAGACAGUAGUGGGUAACAUUCAGAGUGCCACAUGGAUCAAUGGUGAGAAGACCACCCUGUAUUGUACAGCCUCUACCUGUGCUCAGGACGUCCUGGUGACCUGGGCCAUCAGAAAUAAAGAUGGGACCACAUGUGAGGUCUCAGAGACUCCGGAAGGAGAUAAAGAAGAGGAACAGCCCCUAAUGUCUAGGGAGUACAAUGUGACAACGGAGAAGAUUCCCAACCAGAGGAGAAAGGGGCUGUAUGAUAUUAACACAAAGCUGACCUUCAUUCCAUCAGUCUCCAGACAUCUUGGGGCCAAUGUGAGCUGUAAGAUUGUUGCUGAUAAGAAAGAGGAGGAGAAAACCUAUCAGUUCAAAUCCAUUCAUGCUAAACCCACGUUCCUUGACCCGAUACAGUUCUCCCUCUGUAACCAAGAUGAUGUACAGCUCUCCGCCACAAUACCGAGAUUCUAUCCGCAAGCCCUGCAGAUCUCCUGGGUGUGUACAAGCGCUAAAUACCAGGAGAAGAUUCCGUCACAGGAACACAUAAUGAACAACACAGACGCUACCUAUAAUGUGAAGAGUCAAUGUACUGUUCCCGGAGCGCUCUUCACAGACCCGACAAGUAAAGUGAUUGUGACGUGGAAACAUGAAUCGAUAGACGUCUCUCAGUCCAGGGAACUGUCUGUGAGAGAUCUCCCCUGGAAGCCACAGAUACCAGAUGGCCCAAUAAAGAGCAUUCACCAGGGCGACGAGGUCCAUUUGAGGUGCACGGUGUCAAAUUAUUUCCCCGAUGCGCUGACCGUGAAGUGGUUUGAGAAGAAGAAAGGGAGCCCAGAUGUAGUAGACAUUUCCCAGUCUGACAAAUACACUAUUCCAAAGAUUACAUCAAACAGGAUGGACAACAAAACCUUCACCUCUACAGCGGUCCUAGCUCUCAGGAAAUCCCAGCUGUUGGAGAAAGAUGUAGAGUUUAUCUGCAGAGUGGAACAUCCCGGUCUGGAGACACCAAUCCAGUCCAGCACAUUGCAACCUUGGAACACUGAUGUGCAGGAUUUCAUUGUUAACAACAUCCAGGGGCCCCAGACGUGGCAGAAUGGGGAAAAGGUCACCGUGUACUGUGCCGCCAUAUACUGUACCGGGGACUCCAGGGUGGUCUGGACUGUGAGAGAGAAAGAUGGAAAUGUCAGAGAAAUAUCUGAGAGCCCAACGGGAGAGGACAUGAGAAGAGAUGAUACUCGGUCCUCUGGAUAUCUGGCUCUAAGAGAGAGGAUUGACGAGUCGGACAAAGAGGGCCUCCUGGACCUCACCUCCUCCCUGAGCUUCUUAACUUCUAUUUCUAAACACAAGAAAAUCACCAUAAGCUGCAAAAUUGUCACCGGGGGAAGAUCCAAGGAAAAAACAUUUCAGCCUAAACAUCUUUUUGCAAAGCCCAAAGUGGUGAACCCUAUAAGACUGUCUCUGACUGAUUUGGGAGAGGUGCUGUGCUCACUGGACAUAGAGGGAUUUUACCCUAAAGACAUCCAGAUAAAAUGGAACAACGCCGAAACGCUGAUAUCACACAAAGUCAUAAAAAGCACCGACAGCACUUACAGCGUCCACAGCGAGUACAAAAUACCUGGUGGUUUUUUCAAAGACUCAAAAUCGUCAGCGACCGUCUCUUGGAAACAUGAGUCUGCGGAGGACUGGGAAUCCCGACAUGUGUCUGUUCUGGAUAAAGAGUUUCCAUGGAAGCCGGAAUUACAGGACAUUCUAGUCCCCAAUCUUCUUAUAGGCAGCACGGCUACACUGAGGUGCGAGGUGUCUAAUGUAUUCCCCGAUGCGCUGACCGUCAGGUGGCUGAAGAAGGAGCGGCACAGCCAGGAGUAUUUCCCGCUGGGUCCUAGUGAUAGAUAUAGUAUUUCAGAGAUCAAGCCGGAAAAGCAGAAGGAUAACACAUUUACGUAUAAGACGUGUAUAAAGUUUAAACCGUCCAUCGCCUCAGAGGAAGGGGCGGAGUUUAUCUGCAGAGUGGAGCAUCCCAGUUUACAGGAGCCUGCAGAGAAGAACACGGGGGCGCUCUGUAUAAAAGAUGAUCACCAGAUAUUCAUUGUUGGUAACAUUAAUGGACCUAACCGGUGGACACAUGGGGACAAGGUCACUCUUUAUUGCUCGGUGUCUAAUUGCCCUGAGGAUGUUAAUGUGAGAUGGACGGUGACAGAGAGUGACGGCAAACAAGUCAUAGUAUCCAGCACAGGAGAAAAGCCGCUGGGGGAACAAGAGGUUCUGUCUUCUGCUGGGUAUUUCCUCUCUACAGAGAUGGACAAGUCAGAUAAGGAAGGACUACUCAAUAUCACCAGCCUAAUGUCACUUAUACCAUCUGUAUCACGGCAUGUAGGGACGGAGUUUACCUGCACAGUUAUCUCCAACGGGAAGACCAAGAUAAAGAGCUUCAAGCCUAAAUCUAUAUGUGCAAAACCCGUCCUGGAUGAUAUAAAGACAACUAUGUGUGACUCUGGAGAUGUGCUGUGCUCUCUGUCUCUGCAUAAUGUCUAUCCCAAACACCUUACACUCACCUGGACCACAGGGAAAGGUCAGCUGCCGUCCAAACCCACAGAGGAUUGGAAGGAGAACUCUGAUAAGACAUAUACUGUCUGCAGCCAGUGCACAGUCCCAGGACGUCUCUUUAUGGAUCCCAGCGCUGAGGUGUCUGUGACCUGGAAACACAAAUCUCUGGACAAACCAGAAACCAGGGUCCUGUCUGGGAGAGACCUCGGUCGUGGAUGGCGUCCAGAAAUACAGGCAGUUCCCGUACCUCAUAUAUUGGUGAGGAAACGGACUACUUUCCAGUACAACAUCUCCAGGUACUUCCCGGAUGCUCUGACUGUGAGCUGGUAUAAGAAGAAGAAUGGAGACCAGACAUUUAAUCCUUUAUCUGCUGGUGAUAAGUGUGAUGUAUCCGUCACCCAGUCCCACAGACAGCUUGAUGGCACCUACUCCUGUACAGCCUCCCUAGUACUCACUCCAUCCCUGGGAGACAGAGGGUCAGAAUUCCUCUGCAGAGUGGGACAUCCCAGCCUGGAGACACCGAUAGAGAGAAGCUCAGGAGAGUUGCAGGUGAUGGCUAAACCCAAUAAAAGGAAAUCUGUGAAACUAAGUUUGGGUAAAGAAGAGGUAAAAUACUCUCUACUUCUGGAGAACUUCUUUCCCAGAGAUAUCCACAUUCAGUGGUGUUACGGGUCAGGUGGACAACUAACAGAGACCUGCGCCUCAAAGGAAAAAUAUAACACUAAUAUGGAUAAAACAUUUAGUGUCACAAGUGAGUGUGGACUGCCUGAGACUCACAUAAACAUCCCGGACUUCAGAGUGCGUGUGACCUGGAGCCAUGAGUCUAUGGAUGAGCCGGAGUGCAGUGAGCUCUCUGUAACAGAUACAGAUUAUCCCUGGCGCCCACAAAUGGAGAUUUCGGUUCCACAUCUAAGAAUGAAUGAAGAGGCCUCGCUGCAAUGUACCAUCUCCAAGUACUUCCCAAGUGCUGUGACUGUGACGUGGCUGAGAAAGGACCCAGUAUCUGGGGACACGCGCUGUGUAUCUCCCAGUGGCCUGUACAUUGUGUCCACUGAACAUUUAGGGAGACAGCCUGAUAACACGUACUCCUGCCGGUCACGCCUGACCUUCCUGCCUACCCUGGAUGAAGAACAUGGUGCUGAAUUCAUAUGCCGGGUGCAGCAUCCCAGCCUGGUGCAGCCCCUGGAGAGGAGCACGGGACCGCUGCACGUAACUGACACACACCAGGAUAACCCGCCUCAGCAUCACGGACACAAUGACACCCACUAUGAGAUUCCUCCAUCACAUUACGUAACUACAGAUGGGAACAGAGACGUCAGUCAGGAAAAUAUCAUGUUAAAUAAUUUAUCCAACACAUCUAUAGAACAAGACACACACCAGGAAAACCCGCCUCAGCAUCACGGACACAAUGACACCCACUAUGAGAUUCCUCCAUCACAUUACGUUGCUGAGAUUCCUCCAUCACAUUACGUUGCUGCAGAUGGGAAGAGAGACCUCAGUCAGGAAAAGAUUGUGUUAAAUAAUGUAUCCCACACAGAUGUAGAAAUGGACACUCCCUAUGAAAAUCCACCUCACCAUCAUGGACACAGUGCCCCCAACUACCCGCUGUCACCUCAUGCUGCUGCUGCACACUCCGGGCAACAAGAUGAAGAUAUGGAAACUGAGUAAAUCUUCGAAGACUUACUGUACAGUCACCUUGUUAUAUCACCUGUACCUGCGACGUCUGUGGAAUCAUGUGACACAUUCUGGAAGUUCAGUUUAGAAUCUUCCCCCCAAUAUCUUUCACAUUUAAUCCUUUGUAAUUAAAGGCCCUAAACCCGUUCUCCACUAUUCAGACAGCACUUACGUUGUUUCACCAUGAUUUCCACCUUAACACAAUAUUACCCACUAAUAAUAAGAUUAUCAUUAUUGAUUUCAUAUAAUUUUUGUAAAAGGACAUAAUUUUCUUAAAUCUUUAUUUCUAUGGAAUAAUUGUCUUGACUUGUGUCCAUCAGUAGAGAAACACAGAAGAUUACAGUAAUUUACAGACAGACUGUGUAUCCUGCAGUAGAUGUCUUGUCUGAGUCUCAGGCUCCCAUAGAGUGUAAUCUGGCCUGCAGCGCCCCCUAGCCACUUUCUGUGUAAAUGCUCCACCUUGUUUAUUACUGUGCGCUCACAAUUGUACAUUUUUAUAAUAGUAGUGAUAUAACCCUAUGAAUAUCUGUUUGUAGCAAGCAGACAUUGUCUAGGAAGGAGAUACUGUAUGCAAUGUAAAGUAACUGCUAGCAAAUACAAUGGUGUAUUGUGCCCAUUUCUGGGUUUGUUCAUUAAGCACUGACAGUCAGCAGUGCUAAUUUACAGUAGUAUCCAACUCACUGCGAGUUGGAUACUAAAACACGGGAACAAUUCCGCUUUGCUCUGGUGUGGGGACAGCUGAUCAGAGCAUCAUCUCUCCCCGCGAUCUCUGACGCUGCUACUUCGGUAGCAAUGAAUGAUACCACUGUGAAGUCUGUACCAGUGUUAGGGGGAUAUUCAAUUAGUAAUCCCCACGGCUAAUUGCCAUGCUAGACUAAUUCAAUUAGCGGGGAUUACCCUGUGCAUGAAUGCCCGAUGUUGGACUGAACAGCUGAGAGGUACAGUCCACAAGAAAAUGGAUAACGGGUAUACCCUGCGGCUAAUUGACUAUCCCCCUUAGUAUGCAUACGAGAACUGGGUUCUUGCAUGCAUUUGAAGAAACCUGCAUUCUACGAAGGCAUCCAAAAAGAGACAUCGGGACUGAAAGGACCUUCUUCGUGGGGGUCGGUAUGAACAUCUUCUGAAGGUGGUGAAGGUUUCCGCUGUCAAAUUCAGAGAAUUUUGUAUUUUUUGAGUUUGAUGAAUUUAGGUUCCCAUACUAUUGUAUGGGGACGGCAGACCAGACCGGGACUGAAAGGUAACCAGGAGAUAUCCCUCAUAUCCUCUGUGCUCCAUUUGUAAUGAAUGGCCCUGGUACUUACUUUCUCCAAAAGUAAGGGAAAAUUGUAAUUUUCACUUACUGUACUUUUGUAUAAAUUAAGGGAUAAUGAAGACCCCUUACUAUAAAGUAUACAUUGUAAUAAUCUGCAUAGGAUAUACGAUGUACUGUACGGUACAUAAUUCUAGUAAAGAGUACCUGCCUGUGAGAGCUUACAAUAUAGAAAUUUGUUAUGUUCUGUCUAUACUGUUCAGUGUAUUUCACAAAGUACCUUGUUAUUUACUGUUUAUACUGUACCAAUUAUUUUAUAAUAAAACAUUUAUUAACUGCAGUA